AUGUCGACCGGUGAGCCCUUGAAUGGUGAGGAUAGUCCGAGUGAGGUCAGCAGAGGGACGGAGCCUCCAAGCGGCGGCAGCAGCAGCUCAACAGAAGGAUUGCAAACACAGAUUUUCAUCCCACCAUCAAACAGAAAUGGUGCCAUGUCACACUCACCUUGCAAGGAUGAUCAUGGUCAUAAGAAAUCUCACCGUGACGGCCAACUCUGCAAAUGCUCUCUGUGUGGGAAAACCUUUGCUAAUAACUCUAAUUAUCGUAUGCAUAUGAGGAGCCACACCGGUGAAAAACCUUUUUCCUGCUCAGUUUGUGGGAAAAGAUUCACUCGGAAGAGCAACUUUGACAGACACACAAGAACCCACACUGGUGAAAGACCUUUUUCCUGCUCAGUUUGUGGUCACACUUUCACUGAAAAGAAAAACUUACAAACACACACAAGAACCCACACUGGUGAAAAACCUUUUUCCUGCUCAGUUUGUGGUCAAGGAUUCAGCCAUAAGGGUACCUUAAAAUUCCACACAAGAACCCACACUGGUGAAAAACCUUUUUCAUGCUCAGUUUGUGGCCAAGGAUUUACUAAAAUUCCCCACUUAAAAUCCCACACAAGAACCCACACUGGUGAAAAACCUUUUUCCUGCUCAGUUUGUGGUCAAGGAUUCAGCCAUAAGAGUACCUUAAAAUCCCACACAAGAACCCACACUGGUGAAAAACCUUUUUCCUGCUCAGUUUGUGGUCAAGGAUUCAGCCAUAAGGGUACCUUAAAAUCCCACACAAGAACCCACACUGGUGAAAAACCUUUUUCCUGCUCAGUUUGUGGCCAAGGAUUCACUCAAAUGCCCAGCUUAAAAGCCCACACAAGAACCCACACUGGUGAAAAACCUUUUUCCUGCUCAGUUUGUGGUCAAGGAUUCAGCCAUAAGGGUACCUUAAAAUCCCACACAAGAACCCACACUGGUGAAAAACCUUUUUCCUGCUCAGUUUGUGGACAAGGAUUCAGCCAUAAGGGUACCUUAAAAUCCCACACAAGAACCCACACUGGUGAAAAACCUUUUUCCUGCUCAGUUUGUGGCCAAGGAUUCACGCAAAUUCCCUACUUAAAAGCACACACAAGAACCCACACUGGUGAAAAACCUUUUUCCUGCUCAGAUUGUGGUCAAGGAUUUAGUGAGACGAGUGCCUUAAAAGCCCACACAAGAACCCACACUGGUGAAAAACCUUUUUCCUGCUCAGUUUGUGGUCAAGGGUUCAGCCAUAAGGGUACCUUAAAAUCCCACACAAGAACCCACACUGGUGAAAAACCUUUUUCCUGCUCAGUUUGUGGCCAAGGAUUCAGCCAUAAGGGUACCUUAAAAUCCCACACAAGAACCCACACUGGUGAAAAACCUUUUUCCUGCUCAGUUUGUGGUCAAGGAUUCAGCCAUAAGGGUACCUUAAAAUCCCACACAAGAACCCACACUGGUGAAAAACCUUUUUCCUGCUCAGUUUGUGGCCAAGGAUUCACUCUAAUUCACCACUUAAAAGGACACACAAGAACCCACACUGGUGAAAAACCUUUUUCCUGCUCAGUUUGUGGUAAAAAAUUUGCUCACAUGGAUCGGACUAAAAGACAUGUGUGUAUUGGUGUGAAAAGCAGUGGCCAAUGA